ACCCAGUUACAAGAAACACUUCCCGGUAUUGCUAAAGAGCCGCUCAGUUGGGCCCCGCCUCGCGGUGAGGUACCUGCGCGUCGGGGAUGCGGUGAGAACCCGGUGAGGCGGGACGCACGCGGGACAACAGCGUGGAGAAAACGAGCGUCAUUCUGCAGAAGCGAAUCCCGGAACUCGGAGACGGCGGAGGACGAGCUAACUUUUCGUCUCUUUUUCAAACCACUUGUGGAUCCCGGAAGAUGGCAUCGAGGGGAGGAUUCACUCCGAUGAAUCUGAACGCGAGCCCCAUGAACGUCGCGCACGGCGCGGGCAUGAGGAUGCCAAGUGUGCCCCAACAUCCGGCGGGAUACCCCCGCAGCAUGAACACCGCUCCCCAGUACCCACAGCGCCCAGGGAUGCCGUCCAACAGAGUGGGGGGCCCCAUGGGGUCAAUGGGGGGUCAGCUUCCUGGCCCCUCUUAUGGCGGCGGGAACAUGCCUAUGCGGCAAGGCAUGGGGCCCCCGAACAUGGACGCCUCGAGGAAACGGUUCCUUCAUAUGCAUCAGCAGCAGCAGCAGCUGCAGCAGCAGCAAGAGGCUCUGGGAGGCCUCAGACGAGGAGCAAAAAGGCGCAGAAUGGCUGACAAGGUUCUCCCACAGAGGAUCCGAGACCUGGUCCCAGAGUCACAGGCCUACAUGGAUCUCCUGGCGUUUGAGAGGAAACUGGACCAGACCAUCGCCCGAAAGCGAAUGGAGAUCCAGGAAGCCAUCAAGAAGCCCAUCAUGCAAAAACGAAAGCUCAGGAUCUACAUCUCUAACACGUACACGCCCAGCAAACCCGAGGGCGAGGAGGCGGAGAAGGUGUCCUCCUGGGAACUGAGAGUGGAGGGAAAGCUUCUGGAGGAAUCUGGCAAGCAGAAGAGGAAGUUCUCGUCUUUCUUCAAGAGCCUGGUGAUCGAGCUCGAUAAGGAGCUCUAUGGACCCGACAACCACUUGGUAGAGUGGCACAGAAUGCCCACUACUCAGGAGACGGAUGGUUUCCAAGUGAAAAGGCCCGGCGACGUGAAUGUUAAGUGCACCCUCCUGCUCAUGAUCGACCACCAGCCCCCUCAGUACAAACUGGAUCCGCGGUUGGCUCGUCUGCUGGGCGUGCACACUCAGACGCGAGCCAACAUCAUGCAAGCCCUUUGGCUCUACAUCAAGAACAACAAGCUGCAGGAUUGUCACGAGAAGGAGUACAUCAACUGCAACCGCUAUUUCAGACAGGUCUUCAGCUGUCCUCGCAUGAGGUUCUCUGAGAUUCCCAUGAAGCUGGCCAGCCUCCUGCAGCACCCUGACCCCAUCAUUAUCAACCACAUGAUCAGUGUGGACCCCACGGACCAGAAGAAGACGGCGUGCUACGACAUUGAUGUGGAGGUGGACGACCCGCUGAAGGGCCAGAUGAACAGCUUCCUGUCCUCUACAACCAACCAGCAGGAGAUCGCUGCGCUGGAGAUGAAGAUUCACGAGACAAUCGAGUACAUCAACCAGCUGAAGACCGAGAGAGACUUUAUGCUGAGCUUCAGCAAUAAACCUCAGGACUUCAUCCAGGACUGGCUCAAGUCUCAGUGCAGAGAUCUGAAGUUGAUGACGGAUGUGAAAGGAAACCCGGAGGAGGAGAGGAGGACCGAGUUCUACGAGGCUCCCUGGGUACCAGAGGCUGUGGGCAGAUACGUUUACUCCAGAUUGCAGCAGAGAAGACAAGAGUUGGAGCAGGUUUUGGGUAUCCGACUCACCUGAAGAAGCAUUCUGCUGCCAUCUUAAUUUGAUUAGUCAAAUGCUAAUGUCAAUCGGAAUUGUAAUUUGCUCGGUAGCUGUGAAAGCAAUGAUAAUAUAAUAGACCAGCAUUUAAGUGGGAUACAUAGAAGACAACAAUUCAAAAACGUACAGUAAAUGGGACUAAAGUGAUUAAUAUAUCCCUAAUGUUUGCAUUGCAUUGUCCAUCACUUGUAGCCUGUGUGGAAAAUGGUUGCCUGGUUUUGCAAUACGUGUUGUUUAUGGUACAAUGUGCUUGUAUGUUUGUAAGCAUCGGUGCUGUGUAGGUUGUUUUCACCAUCACAUUGUGUGCUCUUUUGAAAAGGAUCUCUGUUUACCUUCACAUUUGAAAGCCAUAACCUUUAGAAAGAAGCAACUGCAACAUGUAUCCUUACUGAAAACAUUGUACACGAGAAAAAUAUACAUUUGAUUUUUAAAGAUCUAUGUAGAAAAUAUGCAUUUAUAUUCUUUGAAAACAAGACGUAGGAAGCAUUACGUCGUCUCACGAAUUAUAGGAAUUAAUGAUAAGCUUUUUAUGCCAAACAUAAUUUUAGGUGCUAUAUUUUUUAUUUUGGUGAUUAUACAAAUUGAACUGCAACAUUUCUUUACUGAAAGCUCGAUCAAGCUCUUUAUUUGAGUUUGCGCUCUUGUUGUAAUUCAGCAGCUUUUUUCCCCUUCUUUUUGGACGUUUACGUGCUCUUUCCAUUUGUUAUUGGGUUGAGAGGGUUAUUAUAAUAUCAAUAAUAUGAAAUGUGUCAGGCUGUUCCUGCAAGAUCAAUACUUCCCUGGAAGCUGAAGAGAUUUGAACUCGACAGGAUUGCAGUUUUAUUGUGUCAACUAAACAAUGCACCAAAUUGUUGUGAACAGUUUAUAUUUUUUUGGGUUGACUUAAUGUAAAGGCUAUUUUGUUAUGAUUUUGUAUGAGAGGGCUUCCUAAAUCUCUUUAAACAUUCCGUUUUAAAAUGUAUUGCUGUGCCAACAUUUAUUUUGUGAAGAGGGCACUUAGAAUUGGAGUGUACAAAAUGUUUUUGUACAGCCUCUGUAAAAUGUUUGCAUGAUUUUUUUAAAGGUAUUUUCUACAAUAAAUAUACUGGCAAAUA